GCAGGCGGCAAUUUGAGCAUUGUCCUGCUUUUUCUCUCUCUGUCUCCCCAUUUACCGUUGACCCCGUGUUGUUUGCCUUCCCGGUGUCCGAUUUUCGGCGUUUCUCUGUCCUGCCUUCUCUUCAUUGCUCCCUUUGUGCCUGUCCGACAUUCUGUCUGUCUGUCUCUCUCCUGAUCCUCUCGCGCACCAUGAGCCAAUCUGUCUCCAGCAGGCGUCAAAGGUUAUGGCCUACAAAUGGGCAGUUGGUCGCCAGGCGCAGGCGCGAAAGGGACCCGGUAUCGAAUCCCGUCGCCGCAAGGAUUUUUUUUCGCGCUUUCUCCCCUUUAAAUUUUUGUUGUUGUGUGUGGAGGAAGAUGGUGUUUACAAGAGUGCCUUAUUUUGCUGCAACAACAACAACUGUUGGGCCAGUGUGUCAUACUGCAAAAUCCCAACAGGGACUCAAUAUGAAUCCAGUGACUUUGUCAGAAGUCAAACCCUCAAAGGGUGCACAGGAAAGCAGCAACGUUAUGGAGAACCAGAAGGUGUGGGUGGCAGAGCCAACAGAGGGCUUUAUUCUGGGUCACAUCGUGGACUUGGGUUCAGAGGAGGUCACUGUGCAACCCGUGGACAGACGCUUCAAGGCAGUAAACUGUGCUUUUGACAGGGUUUUCCCUGCUGAGGAAAAUGACGCCAAAGACUUUGAUGACAAUUGUGGGCUUAUGUACUUGAAUGAGGCUACUCUGCUGCACAAUGUGAGGCUGAGGUACAUGAAGGACCACAUCUAUACUUAUGUGGCCAACAUCCUGAUAGCUGUCAACCCCUAUGCAGACAUCAAGAACCUGUACUCUUCCAAAUGCAUUGCAGACUACAGGGGAAAGUCCAUUGGUGUCCUGCCACCACAUGUGUUUGCUAUUGCUGACAAGGCUUUCAGGGACAUGAAGGUGCUCAAGCAGUCACAGUCCAUCAUUGUGUCUGGAGAGUCUGGUGCUGGCAAGACUGAGUCUACCAAAUAUGUAUUGAGGUACUUGUGUGAGACUGGAGGACAUGCUGCUGGACCAAUUGAAAGCAGGAUUCUUGAUGCCAAUCCAGUGUUGGAGGCAUUUGGCAAUGCCAAAACAACCCGCAACAACAACUCCUCGCGUUUUGGCAAGUUCAUAGAGAUCCACUUCUCAGACAAGCAACUGGUUGUUGGUGGCUACAUUUCUCACUACUUGCUGGAGAAAUCCAGGAUUUGUGGCCAAAGCCCCGAGGAGAGAAAUUACCACAUUUUCUACCAACUCUGUGCUGGUGCCCCUGAGGCCCUGAGGAAGCAACUGAGACUUGGCAUGCCUGACCAGUACCAGUACUUAAACAAGGGUUGCACCCAGUUCUUUGGCAGGGGUGCCAGUGGUGGUGGGUUGCAUGACCCUCUGUUGGAUGAUGCCAAGGACUUUGCCAGAAUGGACAAGUCCUUGCAAACCUUCAACGUCACUGAGCCAGAGCGCCUCUCCAUCUAUUCCACCGUCGCCGCCGUCCUGCACCUGGGCAACGUUAGCUUCGAAGAGAACCCCGACGACUCCCGAGGCGGCUGUCGAGUGGCGGCCGGGUCAGAGGCGGCUCUGGCUGCAGCGGCGUCCCUGCUGGGCGUCAACGCCGGCGAGUUGCAACAGGCCCUGCUUUCCAGGGUCAUGCAAACAGCCAAGGGCGGCUACAAGGGCACCAUCAUCAUGGUGCCACUCAAGCCCUGGGAGGCCACCAGUGCCAGGGACGCCCUGGCCAAGGCCGUCUACUCCAAGCUCUUUGACUACAUUGUCAACAAGAUCAAUAGGUCCAUUCCUUUCCAGUCUUCUGCUCAUUAUAUCGGGGUCUUGGACAUUGCUGGCUUUGCCAAUCCAGUGUUGGAGGCAUUUGGCAAUGCCAAAACAACGCGCAACAACAACUCCUCGCGUUUUGGCAAGUUCAUAGAGAUCCACUUCUCAGACAAGCAACUGGUUGUUGGUGGCUACAUUUCUCACUACUUGCUGGAGAAAUCCAGGAUUUGUGGCCAAAGCCCCGAGGAGAGAAAUUACCACAUUUUCUACCAACUCUGUGCUGGUGCCCCUGAGGCCCUGAGGAAGCAACUGAGACUUGGCAUGCCUGACCAGUACCAGUACUUGAACAAGGGUUGCACCCAGUUCUUUGGCAGGGGUGCCAGUGGUGGUGGGUUGCAUGACCCUCUGUUGGAUGAUGCCAAGGACUUUGCCAGAAUGGACAAGUCCUUGCAAACCUUCAGCGUCACUGAGCCAGAGCGCCUCUCCAUCUAUUCCACCGUCGCCGCCGUCCUGCACCUGGGCAACGUGAGCUUCGAAGAGAACCCCGACGACUCCCGAGGCGGCUGUCGAGUGGCGGCCGGGUCAGAGGCGGCUCUGGCUGCAGCGGCGUCCCUGCUGGGCGUCAACGCCGGCGAGUUGCAACAGGCCCUGCUUUCCAGGGUCAUGCAAACAGCCAAGGGCGGCUACAAGGGCACCAUCAUCAUGGUGCCACUCAAGCCCUGGGAGGCCACCAGUGCCAGGGACGCCCUGGCCAAGGCCGUCUACUCCAAGCUCUUUGACUACAUUGUCAACAAGAUCAAUAGCUUUGAGCAGUUCUGCAUCAACUACUGCAAUGAGAAGCUGCAGAUGUUUUUUAAUGAGAGGGUUUUGCAUGAUGAACAAGCCUUGUACUCUAAAGAGGGCCUGAAUGUACCCAAGAUUGACUAUGUGGACAAUCAGGACUGCAUUGAUUUGCUGGAGGCCAAGGCCACUGGCAUCAUUGACCUCCUCAACGAAGAAGGCAAGUUGCCCAAGUCCAGUGCGGCCCACUUCACGGCAGCUGUGCACCAGAACCAUGGCCAGCACUUCCGGCUGGCCCUGCCCAGGAGGUCCCGCCUCAAGCAGCACCGGGAACUGCGGGACGAGGAGGGCUUCAUUGUGCGCCAUUUUGCUGGUGCUGUGUGUUACCACACUGCGCAGUUUAUUGACAAGAACAAUGAUGCCUUGCACACGUCGCUAGAGGCGCUGAUGUCGGAGUCUAGAAACGAUUUUCUCCAGGCCCUGUUUGACGGAUCCGAUGUCAACUUGAACAAGGGCAAGUUGACUUACAUCUCUGUGGCCACUAAGUUCAGGGGCCAGCUGGAGGAGCUCAUGGAGAAGCUGCAUUCCACUGGUACCAGCUUCAUCAGAUGCAUCAAGCCCAAUGUCAGGAUGGUGUCCAGAGAGUUUGAUGGUGGUGCCAUCUUGUCUCAGCUGCAAUGUGCAGGCAUGGGCAGUGUGUUGGAGCUCAUGCAGCAAGGAUAUCCCUCUAGGCAAAGCCUGUUUGACAUGUACCAAAAGUACCUGCCUGGCAAGCUGGCCUCCCUGAAUCCCAGGAUGUUUUGCAAGGCCCUGUUCAGGGCACUGGGCCUCAAUGAGCAUGACUUCAAGUUUGGCAUGACCAAGGUGUUCUUCAGAGCUGGAAAGUUUGCAGAAUUUGACCAAAUGCUCAAGAGUGACCCUGAAAACCUGGCUGCCCUGGUGAAGAAGGUGCACAGGUGGUUGCUUUGCUCGCGCUGGAAAAAGGCCAUGUGGGGAACAUUGAUGGUCAUCAAGUUGAAGAACAAGAUCAAGUUCAGGAAGGAGAACCUAGUGAUUAUUCAAAAGACUGUGAGGAUGCACCAAGCCAAGAAGCAACACCGCCCUCGCUACUUGGGGAUCAUGAGAAUCAAAGACCUAAAGAACAAUGUGAGUCAGAUGAGCAGGAUUGUGAGCCAACUGAAGACUAAUAGGGACAACUCUGCCAAAAUUGUGGCUCAGAUGGAUGCCAACCUCAACUCAACCAUCAAGAAGAUCAGGGCAAAUCCCAAGAUCACCAAGAAAGAGAUAGACAAGGAACACGCUACUUUGGUGGCCAUUUUGAACAAAGAGCUGGCAGCUCUCAAGACAGAGCUGGAGAAGCAGAAGAGUGCUGAAGAACAAGAGCGUUUGCGCAAGAUCCAAGAGCAGAUGGAGCUCAACAGAAAGAGAGAAGAGGAAGAAGCCAGGAAGAAGAGAGAGGAGGAAGAAAACAGAAAGAAGAAAGCUGAGAUGGAAGCCAGGCGCAAGAAGGAAGAAGAGGAGGCCAAGUUGAGUGAGCUUGCUGCCAAGAAGCUCAAGAUUGGGGAGGAUGCAUUGAAGAAGAAGGAAAUUGAAGAGGACCAGCUGGCCCGGCAGCAGCUGGAGCAGGAGCGCAGGGACCAUGAGCUGGCCCUCAGGCUGGCCAAUGAAAUGGGGACUCAGUUGUCCUCAGCUGCCAGCACUCCACGUUUGGCACGGGCUCCAGGGAUCAAGAAUGGUACCAUGCAUCCCAACACCUCCAAGCAUGACUUGUCCAAGUGGAAGUAUUCCGAGUUGAGAGACACCAUCAACACUUCAUGUGAUCUGGAUCUUCUCGAAGCUUGCAGAGUGGAGUUCCAUCGUCGCCUGAAAGUGUACCACGCGUGGAAGGCGAGGAACAAGAAGAGGAACUCUGGAGAAGAGACUGAAAGGGCUCCUCCAAUGAUCUUGGAAGCUGCAAAAUUUGUGGAAGCCAAGCUGGCCAAUGGAGUGGGUGGACUCUCAGUGGGAGACCAAAGGUACUUCAGGAUCCCCUUCCUGAGGCCCAACGCAGAAGAAGAGCAGACUAAGGUCAUGGUGUCAACCUCUGGCCAAAAGGGCUGGUGGUUUGCCCACUUUGAUGGACAAUACAUUGCCAGACAAAUGGAGCUGCAUGAUGACAAAAGCCCCCUCUUGCUUGUUGCUGGCAAGGAUGACAUGCAAAUGUGUGAACUGGCCCUGGAGGAAACUGGCCUGACCAGGAAGAAAGGAGCAGAGAUUUUGGAGCAUGAAUUUGAGAAGGAAUGGACUGCGAAUGGAGGACAGGUGUAUGUGCGUGCUGCAGACAGGGCCAAGCGCUGAAGAAGGAGACGCAUGUUUCGCUUUGUUUUGUGCAAGACUGUAAUCAAUCAACCAAUCAUUUCAAACUCCUAUAUGUAAGUUCCCUCGUUUCUGCUGCUCUCUUUUUUUUUUCGUCUCUCCCGAUGGAUUCGUUGAGAGACGUAUGAGUGAUGGGUGGGAUUUUGAUGUAAAGUUUAAAAAGCUUCACUGUUCUUGCAUUAUUGGUAUUGGACUUGCAGUCAGCCUUGAGAAGGGUUGUGAGGGAUUUAAUGUUUUGGAACCGAUUUAUUCCUUGUUCGCAAUCGGUGGGUUUCAACAUAAAAACCCGAGUUCAGCAAA